AUGUUGAACAGGCAGUGGGAUGAUCUAGGUGUAGCUCUGCAUAUGUUCUACUACGGGUAUUUCCCAGGUUUCUGGGCUUUGCUGGUUGCCACAUGGGGCCAAGAAGGAGUUCUUGUCCCACCUCCGCUGUACUGCUACAUCAGGGAUUUUGUGAUCACCGACACCACUAUGGGAGGAAAUGCAAGUUCAGUGAGUAUCACACCAGGCCCUUGCUGCUCCGGCCGCUUGUGGCACGUGUGCUACAGGUUGGCCACCCUGGUCCAUGACUAUAUUUCAGCCCCUCAACCAGCAGAGCUGCACGGGUGCAACGAUCCUCCUCUUGAAACUCACCCUUCGACGGCUGCAGCCCCUUUACAGGCACAACCAUUGCAAGGCCCAGGCCUCAGCAUCCAGCACCCCGGGAAAUCUGAGCUGAGGGUUGUUCUCGUUGGUAAAACUGGAUGUGGGAAAAGUGCAACAGGAAACACCAUCCUGGGGGGAGAGCCUUUUGUGUCUAAAAUCACAGCUGGAUCAGUAACAACAAAAUGUACUAAGAUGAUGAUCACGCGGGAUGGCAGAAAACUGGUGGUGGUUGAUACUCCUGGUUUAUUUGACACAAAAGUUUCUUUAAAUGAAACUGCAAAAGAAAUAGGGCGCUGUGUGGUUGUCUCCUCCCCAGGUCCCCACGCCAUCGUUCUGGUCAUGCAGCUGGGGCGUUUCACUGAGGAGGAGAAAGAGACAGUUGCUCGAAUACAAGAUAUAUUUGGGGAAGAGGCUGUUCGAUACAUGAUCUUCUUGUUCACCAGAAAGGACGAUUUACAGGGGGGGAACUUAGAGGACUUUUUAAAAGCACUUGAUGACAAAGAUCUCCAGCAGCUGCUGGAUAAAUGUGGAAGGCGCUGCUUGGCUUUCAACAACAAAGCAACAGGACAGGAGCAGCAGGACCAGGUCUCUGAGCUGACAGGAAUGAUCGAUGCGAUGGUGGAGAAGAAUGGAGGUGAGCACUACACCAAUGAAAUGUAUGAGUAUGCUCAGAGGCAGCUUCAAGUGAAAAUGGAGGAGCUCAGGAAAAACUACACUGAACAGAUGGAAAGAGAAAGAGAGGAAAAGAAAUCUCAGCUGGACGAGGAACAUAAGAAGGUGGAUGAGGAAUUAAGGGAGAGAAUAGAGGAGUUAAAAAAAUGCAGCCCAGUUGAUCAAAACACUUUAUCAUCCCUAGAACAAGAAGCCCAAAAGAAGAAGGAAGCCAUUCAGCAAAAAAUGGAGAAAGAGCUACAGGAAAUUAGUGACCGCUACCAGAAACUUCUAAAUAACCUCCGGGAAGAAGCUGACAAUGAUGUUUCUAUAAUAGAGUUUGUUUUAAAGAAAUUUGAAGCGAUAUUUUCAAAAAUCAAAAACUGGUUCAAAUCAUAAUGCUUACAUUACCAUAAUUUCUGUUUCUCAAAUGGUGCUACCUUAAGGCGUGUGUAGACGAAACAGAGGACCUAAACUGAAGAGGUGGGUUUUAAAAAACACCACUUUAAUUUAGGGCUUAUUAAAUCCCUGUAUCGUGCACACACCCCGCUGACUCGCCUGCCUCUCUGGCAGGGAGGGGAGGGUGAGCUGCUGGAGGGUGAAGUGGUCCCUGGGCUGCAGAGGGGCUGAUGCUUUCCCCCAUGGCAGUGGUGCUCCCUUUUCCCCCCUGCCCCCAGCAUCCACGGGCAUCUGGCUCAGGUGGUCCUGGGGGAAGCACAGCCAUGAAGGCAAGCACCAGGCCCCCACACAGCUCAGGGAGACAGGCAGGCUCCUGGUGGGGGGGUGUUGGAAAUCAGGCUUGCCGCUUUUCUUGGGCAGAGCUACUUUCCCAGGCUUCCUGCACAGUCGCGGAGCUGCAUGGAGCCUGGUGCUUUGCUCGGUGGCUGUAGGGGCAGCAAAUUAAAACUCCUUGAAGUUCUAGUUUGCUUUGCCCCAAGUCAUUUAAGGUGCAUUAUGCCACCAAAUUUCCUGCAGCAGCUUGAAUUAAUGUACAAUACACCACUGAGGGGUGCAAACACUGACACCAUUAAAGCGGUGCAAAAACAUUUAGCCCUCUUUAAAGUGAGAGGCAUGUGUGCACAACGUUUUGUCUACACACGGUCUUAGUUCAGUCAUCAUAAGUAGGUUUUGCUUCCUUGAAAAACUUUAACACCCCCUGGUAAUUCUGUGUAGUAGAUUAUCUGUGUAUAAGUUUUUUAGUCAUCUCCCAACACAGCCUGUGGCCAGUUUCUACAUGGUCUGGAAAAAAAUUGGACUGUUAUGAUUUGUUCUUUAUUAGUGUGACUAUAGAAAAAACCCUUGCAGACCUGACAACCAGCAUGGCCAGCAAAGUAAAGGAGCCAUUACCAUGUUCAGCUAAAUUAGGAAUGAGAUUAAAUUAAGCAGAGCACAAGGCCUGAAAGGAGACAUUAUAAGGCAUGAUAUAAUCCAAAUAUUCUAUAUUGUAGUUUUCUUUUAUAGUAACCGAGGUAACCACGUGUAUUAGAUGCUGUUUUGCUGUAAUAGAUAUAUUUCUGUUAAGAUUCUUAGAUAAGUUGUAAAAACAAAGCAGCCUUUUUUAUGGAACACAGUGCAUUUUGGAGAAGAGAAAACAGCCCAGUGGCAAAUAAUAUCCUAGAACGGUGAAGGAAGGAGAAAUCCUUCCUCCCAAAGUGUAACUUGCACAGACAGACAUAACAGGUGGAUAUAUAUCUUGCUGGGGUCACUUGAUCUCAGCUGACUUCCUGCCUGUGGUGGGAGGGCUGGACGCAGUGAUCUCAUGAGGUCCCUUCCAGCCCCUAAUGUCUAGGAAAUCUAUGCAUCCAACUCUUUUUAUGGCCACAAGAAAACUGGUUCAGUCCAUUUCCAAAAGUUUUGGUAACAAAAACACAUUUUAAUUAAACCAAUCUGUUAUUAGAAUAUUAAAACCAACCAUCUACAAACAUGGGCCUUUCCAGGCAGUAGAGGUAAAAAUCUGUGUUGUGCCAUCAUGGGCAACCAGAUGGACUUUGGGAUAAGCGUUAGUUUCUCUUUUUGGAGGUGCAAGCAAUAAAAGU